AGUUUUUCAACUAAUGUGAUGGAUAAAGCCAAUGCUGAAAUGUCUCGAAGUGAAACUUUAACGAGUUGGGGAUUAUUUCUUCUCUUUAUUCUUUUAUUAUCGUAUGUAACGAUAGGAGCGUAUAGUUUCUCAGUUUUGGAAUACGAUAGGGAGUACAACGGUUUAGAAGAUUCGAGAAAUUUUACAUCGACUUGGCUAAGUAACCAUCAAUCAUGUGUGGAACCUGAAGACUUGAGCAAAUUAGUGAAAAGGAUUAUACAGGAUUACAGAACGGGAGUUUUAGCCUCGCCUGCAGCAAAUAAAACGGUUGAUGCUGGUUUCAACUGGGAAUUUAGAUCGGCAAUACUCUUUGCCGAAACCGUAAUAACGACAAUUGGUUAUGGACAUUUAUUUCCCUCAACAACAGCUGGUCGUGUGUUUUGUAUCUUUUAUGCAGCGUUUGGUAUACCGUUAACUGGAAUAUUUUUAAGCGAGUUGGGCAAACGGAUGGCAUGCAUAUCCAUAAAUUGUUACGUUCUCAUUGCCACCAAGGUAUUUAAAACCAGACCGUUUGAUCCAUCCCAAUCUACUGCUCAUCUGUCUGCAAUACUUGUUAUACUUUUUCCUUUUAGUAUCCUUACUUUCAUUAUUAUAAGUGCCGCCGCUAUAUACGUCUCGGAAGGUUGGACUUAUUUCGAGGCAUUGUAUUUUUGUGUUAUAACUAUGACAACUAUUGGUUUUGGAGAUCUUGUACCUCAUAAGAGGUACAGAUAUAUAGCUACGGCGUGGAUUUUUUGUGGUUUGGCAUGCUUUUCAACUUGUAUUAAUCUAUCGUUAAGAUACGCAAGUUUAAUUUCAUCCUCAACAAGUUUGUGGAUAAAAAUCAAAACUACUCUGAAGCUAACAAAAAUUGAUAAAAGCAAACCUCUAUACCACGAUAAGUCUAUGCAAACUGAUGAUUUAGGCUAUUUAAGCUCAAAGGUUAAUCUUGCUUUGAGAGUUGAGCAUCGUGAUCUUGCCUCGGCUUCAGAUAUAAUAAAUGAUAAACAAAAGGCUAUCAACACCAUUGCAAGCUAA